AAGCUGUAUUCCUUGCUAGUGACGGGAUUCUAGUCACUUGUUAUUCUUUCAGAUCAAUUGAAAUAACAUAAAAGCUAUCCAGUUAUAGUUGGUUAUUGAACUGGAUUCUCUAUCAUUCAUUCGUAGUUUUUUCUUCCUUUGUCUGCAGCUAGUUUUCAUCAAUUGUAUGCUGAUUUUAAGAUGCCACCUUUUAGUUUGAAAUUUUGCCCCUUUUAAGUUGAUCUGUUGGUGGUAUCCAGAUAGAAUCCCAUAAUAAUAAGCUGGAGAUGCAGUCUGUAAAUAAUAAAUCACUCGUGGAAGAGCUUGAAAAGCUUCUCGAACGUUUGCGUGUCCCUUCUGAGUUUGCAGCAUCUUUAACCGGAGGCUCAUUUGACGAGGCACGCAUGCUAAAUAAUGUUGAAGCUUGUGAAUGGUUAACUGGUGCUUUGCGUGCUUUAGAAGUGCCAAAUCUGGAUCCUUGCUAUGCAAACAUGAGAGCUGUUAAGGAGAAGCGUGCUGAACUUGAAAAACUAAAAUCUACAUUGUUCGGCGAGCAUCAGAAUUCUUGAGAAGUUACUUUGCUAGUCUGGUGGAUUUCAUGAUAAGUGACAAGAGCUACUUUUCUCAGCGAGGGCAGUUGAAGAGGCCUGAUCAUGCUGAUCUUCGGUACAAGUGCAGGACGUAUGCACGCCUUCUACAGCAUUUGAAGAGUCUUGAUAAGAAUUGCAUGGGCCCUUUGAGGAAAGCUUAUUGUCAUUCCCUUAAUUUGCUUCUUCAUCGAGAGGCUCGUGAGUUUGUGAAUGAACUUCGUGCCAGUACCAAAGCAUCAAGAAAUCCAACAGGCUGGCUUGAAGCUUCUGCAGCUUCUAAUCCGGCUGCGAACAGCGCAGACACUUCUACAGUUUCUGAAGCAUACUCGAAGAUGCUUACAAUAUUCAUUCCUCUUCUUGUGGAUGAGAGUUCAUUUUUUGCACAGUUCAUGUGCUUUGAUGUUCCUGCACUUGUUCCACCUGCUAAUUCUAGUAAAAGCGGUGCCACUGCUGAUGAUGCUAAUGACAAUGAGUUGAGCCUUAUGGACCUUGACAGAAAUGACAUAAAGCCUAGCACUAAUUCUGCUGAGCUAGGAGCAUUAAAUGAAUCUCUACAAGAGUUGCUCGAUGGGAUCCAAGUAACUUUCUGCCAAUCUGAUUUUCUAUCUGUGCUCAUGGACAAUGUUAGUUGCAGGAAAUCACAUUUGGGCUUUUUAUAUCUGGGGUGGGAAAUGGUCUGUAUGGAAGGAAGUUUCCCCUGAGCCUAUGGGUGUUGUUUUUUACAAAGACCUUUCCUUUAACAAUUUGACAGGAGAAAUUCCAAGCAGCUUUUCAAGACUCUCAGCGCUAGAUUAUAUGUAUCUUACUAGCAACAUGCUGACUGGGGUCAUACCCUCUUGGGUCCGAGGUAGCAACCAUAACUUGUAAGUAUUACUCAGUAAAUCUCAAAUUACAUUUCACUGGCAAUAGGAUCUGUAUAUUUGCUGGCUUCUUUUUCCAUGCAUAUUAAUGUUUUGUUAAACUCUCUUGUGAGAUUAUUCCAUGCACUUGACCGAGGGAUGAACAGCAUGGAUAUGACCCAUACAUCAUGGUGGAGCUUACGAAACAAUGUCACAUCAACACACGUCCACCAAUCUAUGUAAUGCUGUGAUUCAGAAGGAUUACCGUGCUUUGACAUUCUGCAAUAUCCAAUCAAAGACAAUAUGUAAUGAUAAUACAUCAUGGCUGCGCUUUUUGAUCAACACGUUAAUAGGGAACCUGAAGCUCUCCAUUACCAAUAUCCAUAUUAGAUAUGAGGAUCUUGAAAGGAGUUGGAGAAAAAGCUCCGGCCCCUCGGUCUGACAGUCAAUGAAAUCAAGCUGGAUGGCCACUGCCUGUACCGGGCCGUCGAGGAUCAACUGUCACAUCAAUCAGGAACCAUGUCUCCAUACAGUUAUCAAAAGCUCUGAGAAAUGGCUGCAGCUUAUAUGAGAGAACAUGCAUCCGAUUUCCUCCCAUUUUUCCUGUCAGAGAAUAAGAUAGAAGUAGAUCCCGAUGGUUCGCUAUUGGAAAUAUUUGAUAAGUACUGUAGUGAAGUGGAGUCGACAGCAGCUUGGGGAGGGCAACUUGAACUAGGUGCUCUAACUCAUUGCUUGAGGAAACAUAUCGUGAUAUUCUCAGGGUCCUUCCCUGAUGAGGUGAUGGGGAAGGAGUACAAGUCUGAAAGCGGAAGCAGCUCCUCUAACCCGAGCAUCAUGUUAUCUUAUCACUGACAUGCAUUUGGGCUCGGAGAGCACUAUAAUUCAGUUGUUACAGUGCAAUAAGUUUGGUAACAUGAUAUUUCCUAUGAGAGAUUUUUUUCUUUUUUUUUUGUGUGCUAUUUCUAUCUAUUCAUCUUUGAUAGACGUAAACCCGUAUCAACUUUUAAGUUAAAAAACCACAAAUGCAAAUGCUAAACUUUUGCUUUUA